GGAAGAAAGAAAUCGAAUUUAUAUAAUAGAUCUCAAGAUAGCGUUUUAUUUGAAGCGUUUCCAGAAGAAGCUGUUGGAUUAACUAUCAUGCAUUCUGAAACAUCUGAAGAAGAUCAUGAAGAUCAUGAAGAUCAUGAAGAAGAUGAAGAAAGAGAAGAAGGGGAAAGAGAUCGACUUGUUAGACCGAAUGGAAAACCAGAUGGAUUGAAAGUUAGAACAGAUUUACAAACCAAUCAAUUCAACUCAUCUAAUCGAACUAUUAAAUCAUCAGAUAGAAGAGAAGAUUCGAAUUCAAUUCAAAGGAAUCAUGAGAAUUUAAGAUCUAAAUCUGCUAGUGGAGUUUAUCAUCAGAGUUGAUAUAUUGUUCUUCACUUUUUUUUUUAGAUUAUUCCUUUGGGGUUUGUUUUUCUUGUUUUUUUUUUGAUAUAUAUAUAUUUUUUAGGGAUCUACAUACAAAAAAGGAGAGAGAAUUCUUUUAUUUUAUAUAUAUACAUAUAGAGGAUCGAGAGGAAAUGAUACGAUAUUUUUUUUACUUUUUGCUUUCUUUGUUUGUUUCUUUGUUUGUUUGUCUGUUUGUUAUUCUUUUGUUUGUUUGUUUUUUUUGAUGUGUUUUUGUGUUUUUCUUUCAAAAUGAUGAUGAGAUAAUGAUGAUGAUGAUAAGAUAAUAUUAUUUUUGUAUGUACAUAUUUUGUACAAUGUGAGUAGAUAGGUGUUUUUAAAAAAAGGAAAAGAAGAAGAAGAAGAAGAAGAAAUGAAGAUGACUUGGUGUGAUU